AUGCAUAUUCUCUCCGAGCCCGACGUGGCCCAGAUCUUCCGCAGCUUGACCCAGUCUCAAUGCCAUGAAUUCAUCACAGCUCUGGGCGACGCUUUGGUAGCCAUAUCUGCCGAGUCGAAACCGAAUGUCCCUGCAUCGGAGAAACUCAUUCAUCAACCACUUCGCACAGUCUUCGCCACAAAGGCAGAGAAUUCAUGCAUCUUCAUGCCAGUUUCAGAUACGGUUACUACGGGCGUCAAGGUAGUGACCGUCGCCAAGGGUGGUAUCCAAGGUGUCAUUAACAUCUUCUCUCCCGAUGGACGUCUACAAGGUCUCCUGGCAGCCGCAGAGGUGACAGCGUUUCGAACAGCGCUAGCCUCUAUGACGCUUUUCGUUCGAAGCACUGCAAUUCGCAAGGAGAAUGUUUUGGUCUUUGGAUCAGGCCGUCAAGCAGAGUGGCAUGCCCGCCUUGCCUUGCUCUUAUACCCAGAUCAAAUUAAACGGGUGACAUUCGUCAACCGCGGCCGUCAACGGCUCGAAGAAAUGGAGCAGAGUGUUUUCAACAAUCUGCGGCAGCGUUAUCCCAAUCUUUCCGUGAAUACGCUCGCCAAAGAAGGCACUGCAGACUAUGAACAGCGACUUCUCGCAGAGCUCCAAGCUUGCGAUGUAAUCUUCAGCUGCACGCCCUCCCUGACACCAAACUUUUCCUAUUCAGCACUCCAGUCUGCGCCAAAGCAGCGCUUCAUCUCGUUGAUCGGAUCUUAUAAGCCGCCCAUGCAUGAGAUUGAUACGGAGACUCUGCUCUCGGGUGGAGGCAAGAUCUAUGUUGAUUCGAAAUCUGCCUGUUUGGAGGAAUCGGGUGAACUUAUUACGGCCAAGAUUACGGAGGACCAGUUGACUGAAAUGGGUGAUCUUCUUGGGGGAUUGGGGCCUGCGGAGGCCAUUGAUAUUCCUGAGGGUGCUAAUGUGAUUUACAAGUGCGUUGGGAUGGGUUUGAUGGAUCUGGUGAUUGGGAAGAAGGUGCUUGAGGUUGGGAGUGCGGGUGGUCUAGGAACGCAUGUUGAUGGAUUUUAA